AUGGUGACGUCGGCGGGAGGAGCAGGGCAAGGGCAAGAGAAAUCGCAUGAAAGCGGCGAGGAUAAGAACGAGAGAGAGCAGGAUGAGGAGGGAGAUCAGUAUCCGGGCAAUGACGGUCCCGCGGAGGGAGGAAAAUACGUUAGAUACACGAGCGAACAGGUGGAGGUGUUGGAGAAAGUCUAUAAGGAAUGUCCGAAACCCAGCUCCGUCCGGCGAUCGCAGCUUAUCAAAGAAUAUCCCGUGCUCUCGAACAUCGAGCCGAAGCAGAUCAAAGUCUGGUUCCAGAACCGAAGAUGUCGCGAGCGGCAGCGGAUGGAGUACAGUCGGCUGCAGAGCAUGAACUCGCGGCUCUCGGCGCUCAACAAGCUGCUCGUGGAGGAGAACGAGCUCUCCACGCGCAAGAUCUCCCAACUCACGCUCGAAAACAUGCUCCUGCGACAGCAGGUCGCACGGCUGGAAGCGUCGCAGCAGCUCGGCGGACCACAGCUCGGCGGACCGUCGCCGGGUUCUGCAGCGGUGAAAACUGCUCCGUGGCUACUCGUGCCGCCGUCCAUCGCUCAGCUGUUCCGCACUCUCCUGCCAUACCCUCUCCCAACCCAACCCGAAACCAUUCCCGCCCAAAUCCCUCUCUCUCCCUCGCCGUUCUCUCAACCCCCAGCUCGUCUCAUUCCCGCUCUCGUUCUCUCCCCCCUCCCCUGCUCCCCCUCCUUCCCCCCCAUCCCUUGGCAUCAGCCGGUUCUACCCCCCGGAAUGCACCCGGGUCUGCCCCUGGGUCAGCCAGACAUCUUUUCCCAGCUACGGGCAGCUGCGCUAGGAGGGGUGGGAGGUGUGGGAGGAGUGGGAGGGGUGGGAGGUGUGGGAGGGGUAGGAGUCUGCCAACCAACCAUAGAGAACCAAAUCUCCUUGCAACCCCGUCGUCCACUUGUGACCCGGUUCCUUCUUGCCUCCUGCUCUAUUACCUGCCCCUUCCUUGCCCUUUCCCUGCCACCAUUCCUUGUGCCCGUUUUUCCCCUUCCUCCCUCCCUCCCUCCCUUCCCCCACCCCCCCACGCCCUUCCCCCCCCCGUCCCCGUCUCCCUCUACCCCUCACCCCCCCAGCCUGCUGCCCAUAGCGGAGCAAAUUUUAUCCGAUUUCCUGGCCAUUGAGGUGUAUUUUGAGGCGCCUCAAUGGCCAACGCCACUGGCGCGUCCAUGGACUUCUCAUGCCCCUGCCACUUCCCUGACCGUUCCCGUUCUCCUCCUGCCCCCGUGCCUUGUCUCCCUCCCUGUGUUCCCUUCACUCCCGUUGCCCUCCAGCCUGCUGCCCAUAGCGGAGCAGAUCCUGUCCGAGUUCCUGGCGAAGGCCACUGGCACGUCCAUGGACUUCGUUGAGAUGCCGGGCGUCAAGGCCACUGGCACGUCCAUGGACUUCGUUGAGAUGCCGGGCGUCAAGGUGAGGCGAGUGGGGAAGAGAGGUGGGAAGGCGGGGAAUGGUUUCUGUGGUUUAGACUCUCUGAAGGCUGUUGGCACGUCCAUGGGCCUUGUUGAAAUACUUGGAGCAAAGGUCGGAGCAGGCUACAUAGGCAAGGUCACCAUUGCAUGUGGAGGGCCUGGUGUUGCUGCUCGGGCGGCUGGCCUCGUCCUGCUGCCGCCCAGCAAGGCAGCAGAGCUGCUAAAGGACCGAGUGGCAUGGCUGAGGGAGUGCCGCCGCUGCAGCAGAGCUGCUAAAGGACCGAGUGGCGUGGCUGAGGGAGGGAGUGCCGCCGCUGUGACGUGUGCAGCAGAGCUGCUAAAGGACCGAGUGGCGUGGCUGAGGGAGUGCCGCCGCUGCGACGUGCUGGGGGGCUUCCGCACGCCCAAUGGGGGCACUGUUGAGCUCGUCUACACCCAGAUGUAUGCUCCAACCACGUUGGCCCCUCCGCGUGACCUCUGCACUUUACGCUACACCUCCCUCCUGGAGGACGGCGUGGUCAUCUGCGAGCGGUCCCUCAGCAACGCGCACGGGGGCGCGUCCAUGCCGGCUGUGCCGUCGUUCGUGCGAGCAGAGAUGCUCCCCAGCGGCUACCUCAUCCGCCAGUGCGACGGGGGAGGCUCUGUCAUCAUUGCUGUUGACCACCUCGACCUGCAGGCGUCCAGUGUACCAGAGGUGCUGCGGCCGCUGUACCAGUCGUCGGCAGCGCUGGCACACCGAAUGACCAUCGAGGCCCUGCGCUACCUGCGCAAGGCGUCCAGUGUACCAGAGGUGCUGCGGCCGCUGUACCAGUCGUCGGCAGCGCUGGCACACCGAAUGACCAUAGAGGCCCUGCGCCACCUGCGCAAGGUGGCCAACGAGGGGUCGGGAGGGGGCGGUGGUGAGGCCACCAGCGGGGAGGGCGGGGCGGCGGGCAGCAGGGCUGAGUCGGGGCGGCCGCAGGACCGGCAGCUGACAGCGUGGCGCGCGAUCGCAGAGCGCAUCGCCAUGGGAUUCAACGAGGCGGUGAAUGGGUUCACAGACGACGGGUGGGAGCACAUGCAAGGAGACGGCAUGGAUGACGUCACCCUUGCUGCCAGAGCCACAGGCGCCGGGGGGAAGGCCGCAGGGGGGAUGGGGGGAGGGGCAGAUGCGCCUGGGCCCGUGGGCGGGGGAGUGCUGUGCGCCAAGGCAUCCAUGCUGCUGCAGAACGUGUCCCCGAACGUCUCCCCAGUGCUGCUGAUCAAGUUCCUGCGUCACCAUCGCUCCGAGUGGGCAGACGGUACGAUAGAUGCCGACUCAGCAGCAGCCGUGCAGGCGACCAUGGGUGCCCGCGCUGCUGCUGCUGGCGCGGGGAAAGUGCCUCUGCCACUCGCCUAUGCUGUUGACCAGGAGGAGAGAGAGAGAGAGAGAGAGAGAGCGGGUGGGCUGGCUGGUAUGAUGGGUUCAGCAGCGGCAGAGCAGGCCACCAUGGGUGCUCGCGCUGCUGCUGCUGGAGGGACUGGGAACUUUCUCGAGCUCGUGAAGCUCGAGCCAGCUGCUGCCACACGAGGGAUGGCAGGAGCGAGAGAAACGUUUCUGCUGCAGCCGCACUCUCUUUCUCUUCUCUAUUCCGUUUUGCUUCUCCCCGUUCCCCUCACUCUUCGCCCCACCCACCCCGCUUUCCUACCUACCCUCCCUUCUUGCCGCUCCUCCCUACUCCCCCUCCCUCCUCCCCGCUUCCACUUGUUCUCCCCUCCCCAUCCCCCCUCCCCUCUUCUCUCUUCCUCUCCCCCUCCCCUCUCCCCCUCCCCUCUCCCCCUCCCCUCUCCCCCGUUUUCCCAUGUGAUAUCGCAGCUCUGCAGCGGCAUCGAGGACGAAAGCACGUCAGGCUCCACGUCAGCAUCAUCCGCCACGUCAGCGCCGCCGCACAGCGCGACAGCUCAGCUGGUCUUUGCCCCCGUGGACGCAGCUUCCACGGCCGACACCGUUCCGCUGCUGCCAUCUGGCUUCCGAGUCAUCCCGCUCUCAUUACCACCCUCCCAGGUUGGUAUUUCCUCUUCCGCGGCUCAUUGCUCUUCACACCCUGUGGACGCAGCUUCCACAGCCGGCACUGUGCCUCUCCUGCCAUCUGGCUUCCGAGUCAUCCCGCUCUCAUUGCCACCCUCCCAGGACGGGCAAACGCUAGACCUGGCAGCAUCAUUAGACAAGCAGUCGCAGCCGGCCCAGCAGCAGCAGCUGCGAUCAGUGCUCACCAUCGCCUUCCAGUUCGUGUUUGACUGCCCGGCAGCCAAGGAGGGGGUGGCCAACACUGCCAGGCAGUAUCUGGGAAAUCUCGGCCUGCCAGGGCUUUCAACCGGCGGGCAGGGAGCAACAGGAAUGGGGAGUCAAGGAGCGGGUUCAAGCCUGGGGCUGAAUUCAAACCCAGCUGCUGCUGCUGCCGCUGCGGCUGCUGCAGCAGCAGGUACGAACAGUGGGGCCCUAGGGUUCCCUGGUGCUUCCCUUGCUGGUCUCAACAUCCCCGGUCUCGGGGGGCUUUAUUCCAAUACCCCUGGAUUUGGAGGGUUACAAUCCAACAACCCCUCCGGUCUCAACGCCUCUGGUCUAAACACAUCAGGAUUCCCAGGAGGCUUUCCUGCAGGGAUGAAUGCAGCACUGCUUGCAGGACCCUCCUCCUCCUCUGCUGCCCCCACCACCACUGCUGCCACCGCUGCCGCUGCUGCUGGUGCCACGGGUGCUGCAGCGUUUUCUGCCUUGGCAUCUGGCCUCGGUAUUGGUUCUUUUGGCAACAUGAACGGGCAAGGAGUGGGCGGUUUGAACGGGCAGGGAGGCCUGAUGAAUCAAGGAGUGCUGGGGGGGUUAGGAAUGGGAGUGGGAUCUCUUGAUCCCAAUCGCUCCCCCCCUGUCCCUCUCCCCUCUACUGCUGCUGCUGGUUCCUUCCAAACUGCUGCCGCUGCUGCAGCUAAUGCAGCAGCGGCUAAUAACGCUGCGGCUGCAGCGGCAGCAGCAGGGAAUCUUAGAUCUCCUGACGCUCGGCCGCCCGGCAUGCCCAGCAUGGCCGGACGGCUCCAUCCGUCUGCAUCUGGCGCAGCUACAGUCGCUACAGCCUCUGCCGCCCGGUCCCCCAGUGGUGCUGUAGCAGCCCUGGCGGGAGGCGCGGGGGAUGUUUCCGGACCUAGCCGCGUGGUUGGGGACGGCUCUGGACCUAACCGUCUGGGUGGGGAGGGUUCGGCUGCAUUGGGGGUGAUAGGCAUGGGAAUGGGGAUCGGGGGAGGGUUGGGAGAGGUGAAAGGGGGAGGAAUGGGGGGAGGGGGGGCAGGAGCGGGAGGAGGGGUUGGGGAUAAUGGGAGAGGGUUAGGCGAUUCUAUGUCGACUCAAAAGUCAACUCCUACAUCCAUCAUUUCUCCACACUUCCCCCCUCCCCCCCCCCUCCCCUUUCUUUCGUACCUCUCCCCCCCCGUCCUCCCUCUCCCCCCCCCUCCUCCGUCUCCCCCCCCCUCCUCCCUCUCCCCCCCCCUCCUCCGUCUCCCCCCCCCUCCUCCCUCUCCCCCUCCCUCCUCCCUCUCCCCUUGUCCUUCCCUUCCUCACCAUGGCAGGGUGGCAGUGGGGUCAGACCUGUCGCCAGCAGCAGGGGCAGCGCUAGCAGGGGGGGACUUGUCACGCCUGCUGAGAGUGUUGUGGGAGCACCGCGACGCCAUCAUUUGCAUCGCCUGGCGGCCUCCUAACCUGCCCUUCUCCCAUCCCUGCCUUUUCCCAUCCCUGCCCCUUCCCAUCCCUGCCUUUCCCAUACCUGCCGCUUCCCAUGCCUCCCCGCUGGUCCGCCCACAGGCAUCGCCAGAGCUGCUCCUAGCAAAUCAAUCGGGGUUGGACAUGCUUGCCACGUCAGCAGCUGACCUGUCCAAGGUGCCUUGGGAGAAGACCAUGGCUGACGAGGACGCUCGCUGCACUGCUGUCGCUGCCAUGUCACAAGCCAUACAGCAGCCUAGUUAUACGGUAUCGGUAGCCAUGGGGAACCAGGAGAAGCUCAUGGACCAGAUUUUCCAGCUUAAGUUCACGUCGAAGACGCUAGUCCGUCAAGCGAAGAAGUGCGAGAAAGAGGAGAAGGAGCAGAAGCUUAAGGUUAAAAAAGCCAUCGAAAAGGGCAACAUGGAAGGCGGCAAGAUUUACGCUCAAAACGCCAUCAGGAAGCGCUCCGAGCAGCUGAACUACCUCCGCUUAUCCAACCGCUUAGACGCGGUUAUCGCGCGUCUGGAUACCCAAGCCCGGAUGAACACCAUCACGACUUCCAUGGGAAGCAUUGUGAAGGUUCUGGAUUCCGCGCUCGCGAGCAGCAACCUGCAGAAGAUUUCGGAGACGAUGGACGUGUUCGAGCGGCAAUUUGUGAACAUGGAGGUGCAGUCGCAGUUCGUGGAGAACGCGAUGCACAGCAGCACGGCGCUGUCGACGCCCGAGGAGGACGUCAACAUGCUCAUGCAACAGGUGGCAGACGAACAUGGAUUGGAGGUGCAGAUUGGCCUACCAGGUGCUGCCACGAGUGCUUUGCCAUCCAGAGAAGCUCAGACCAAUGCUGAGGACGACUUGACAAGGCGAUUGGCAGAACUGAAGAACAGGUCAUAA